GCCAUCAUCUUGUCGGGAGUGUCGGGGUCGGGCAAGACGCACGCGUCGAUGGUGCUGCUGCGGCGGCUGUUCGACGUGGCGGGCGGCGGGCCCGAGACAGAUGCGUUCAAGCAUCUUGCCGCCGCCUUCACCGUGCUGCGCGCCCUCGGCACCGCUGCCACGCCCGCCAACUCACACUCCAGUCGCAUUGGUCACUUCAUCGAGGUGCAGGUGACCGACGGCGCAUUGUACCGUACCAAGAUUCACUGCUACUUCUUAGACCAGACCCGCGUUGUGCGGCCGCCGCCUGGCGAGCGCAACUACCACAUCUUCUACCAGAUGCUGGCCGGCCUCACCCCUGACGAACGCGCCCAGCUUCACCUUGAGGGAUACGGUCCCCAAGAUUUGAGGUACCUGGCAUCUCCGCACCAACGUCGCGCGGAGCCGGAGGACGCGGCGCGGUUUCACGCGUGGAAGACCUGUCUCGUGAUCCUCGGCAUCCCAUUCCUGGACGUAGUGCGCGUGCUCGCCGCCGUGCUGCUGCUCGGCAACGUGCAGUUCAUCGAAAAUACCGAGGGCGGCGCCGAACCAGGCGGCGAGGCCGAGCUGGCCGCCGCCGCCGCGCUGCUCGGUGUCGCCGCUCCGGCGCUGCUCCGCGGCCUGGCCACUCGCGCCCCGCCGCGGCGCUCGCUGGGCACCGGCACGGCGCGGGGCCCGCGCGCUGCCGCCACGCCGGCCGCCGCCAGCGCCGCGCGCGACUCCUUGGCGAAGGCAUUGUACUGCCGUACAGUCGCUACCAUCGUGCGCCGGGCUAACUCACUGAAACGACUAGGCUCAACGUUGGGAACGCUCUCGUCGGACUCGAACGAGUCCGUGCAUGGUCCGGAGGCGGCCCGACGCGCUCUGUCCGCGGGGGCCGCCCGAGCCGCGCGGGCGGGGGCGCGCUCGAUGGCGGCCCUCAACGACGCUGUACGUCACGCCACCGAUGGGUUUGUAGGCAUCCUGGACAUGUUCGGGUUCGAAGACGCAGCGCCUAGCCGUCUGGAGCACCUGUGUGCAAACCUUUGUGCGGAGACCAUGCAGCACUUCUACAACACGCACGUGUUCAAAUCGGCGGCGGAGUCAUGCCGCGAGGAGGGCGUGGCGUGUCCGCUGGAGGUGGAGUACGUGGACAACGUGCCGUGCAUCGACCUGGUGUCGUCGCUGCGCGGCGGGCUGCUGGCGGCGCUAGACGCGGAGUGUGCUGCGGGCGGGUCGGCGGAGCAGUACGUGUCGCGCGUGCGCGCCGCUCACCGCGCGCACCCGCGCCUCGCCGACGCGCGGCCGCCGCACGCGCGCCGCUUCGCCGUGCGGCACUACGCGGCCGAGGUCACCUACGAUGCGGCCGACUUCCUCGAGGCCAACCGUGACGCGGUCCCAGAUGAUCUGCUUGCCGCCUUCGACUCCGCCACUUGCGAAUUCGGUUUCGCUACCCACCUUUUUGGCGCCGAACUAAAGGCGUUAGCGGCACAGGGUGGUGCGGCGAACCCGGCGGCGGUUUCUUCUCGCGCUUCGCCCACCGUGGCAGCCGAGGGAGGGUCCACGCUGACGCAGGACUUUCACACGCGACUGGACAACCUACUGCGGACACUGGUGCACGCGCGUCCGCAUUUCGUCAGGUGUCUACGAGCUAAUGCCACUGAAACACCUAUGCUUUUUGAGCGCGCCACGGUUGCCAGGCAGGUGCGCGCUCUACAAAUCCUGGAGACGACGCAGCUGAUGGCGAGCGGGUACCCGCACCGCAUGCGUUUCCGAGCUUUCAGCGCUCGCUACCGCGCACUGUGGGGGCGCGGCGCGCGGGGCGAGCGCGGGGACCGCGGGGAGAGGGCGGAGCGCGGGGAGCGCGGGGAGCGAGCGGAGCGCGAGGGGGGCGCCGAGUGCGCACGCGUGCUGCGCUCCGUGCAGGCCGCCGCCGCGUGCUCUGCGCCCGCGUCGCCCGCCGCCGUGCGCUGGGCGCUCGGCAAGCGACACGUGUUCCUCAGCGAGGGCAUGCGACAGGUCCUGGAGCGCAUGCGCCGUGCACGACGUCAGGCAGCGGCGGAGUGCAUCCAGGCGACGUGGCGGCGGCACCGCGCGCGCCCCCGCCCCCCGCCCGCGCCCCCCGCACCCGCCGCGCCCGCGCGCCCUCGCCCCGCGCCCAUCGCCGGCACGCCGCCCCCAGAGCCACCAGACAAGUGCGACCCCGCGCUCGUCAAACGUACCUGCUCCCUCUUCGGUCUCGACUUGGAGCGGCCGCCGCCGCUGCCGGCGCCGCGCGCGUACGUGGUGUCGGGCGGCGUGAAGGUGCGCUACCCGCAGCAGCGCACGGCGCGCGCGGACUGGGCGGACGAGGCGGGCGCGCGGCUCCGCGCCGGCGACCACGUGCUCGUGCUCGGCGCCGCGCGCUCCGGCUCCGGACACCUCGCCGUGCAGCUGUGCGGUCGCACGGUGCAGGUGCCGCACGCGGUGCUGUCGCCGCCGCGCGCCGCCGUGGCCGCGCGCCGCCACCCGCCGCCGCCCGCGCCGCCGCCGCCGCUCGCCUGACCGCGCGUCCGCGCGUCCGCGCCACCGCAGCACGGCGGCUGAACGAAACUGCUCCAUCACGAAAUCGGAACAAGAUUUCUUACUAAAAACUUCCUUUUACAAACGUGCCUUAUAUAAUAAUAUCGAAAUAGUAUCGUGUAAAUAUUAGGAUAAGUAUUUAUAUCGGCUCCGUAGCGUGCGACUCCGGACGCGACACUGCCGCCAGUGCGGGCUACACACGUGCUGUUGUGACACAAUGAUCGGUGCUGUGUUCCGUCGGACUGUAUAGGUAUUAAAGUAAUUGCUCAUAUUAUUAUAUUAGGAUAUUCCGAUUUUGUCAGUUGCUAUGUACUAAUUUUAGUUUGUUCAAAUACAAAAUAUAUAAAUGCGCAUGUAGUCCAACGAUUUUACUGCUAAUAAAUGACAAUGUUACGAAUGCAAUUGUGUGGCCCGCUUGACGUCGCUCGUGAGUGACCAGUAUUUAUAUAUCGAUGUGCAAUUACACGGCUGGCUUUAAUUGUUGAAGACUGGUGACGCACGGCGCGCGGCGGCGCUUGCUUUUCGCCAAGAUUUACAGAUAAGAGCGUUAAAAACAGUUAUUACGCAGUAUUAUAUAAAACCGUUCGUAAAUUACCACUAAAAGUAAUACCCUAUCAGAUAUUAUUGUAUAUAUAUAAAGGAUCGACAUUUGGUACCUAAUGUAAACCACACAGAGUCAAUGUUAUUACAUUUGUGAUGUCAACGGUUACUUUUAGGUAUUGAUAAUCCUGCGUUAUACCAGUACAGGUAUAUUAAACUAUCAUGUUAAAAUGUGCAUGUAAAAUAUAUUGUAAUAGAUGUAAAAAGGCAGAUACGUUUAUAUAUAUUAUGACGCUGCGAGAACAAUAACAGCCUGUGCAUAAACUGUCGCAUAUAAGUAUAACUCCUUAUUGAACUGCUAAACUCCGAAAUAAGCAUUUUUUUUUCAUUUAGGUACUCUUAAAUUUCACAUUAGUGAAAUGUAGUUUUCUCUCUCCAAAUAUAAUUAUUAUUUAGCUGUUAUGCUAGACAGGCGAGGUGGGCUGUUGUUGUGCUCGUGGAUCGAGUUCUACCGCUGUGAAUGAGAUGUAGUCAUAUGCGUCGCGUGACCGGAGGUCGGAGCUCGUGCAGCGAGUUUACUAACGGUGCUAUUUGAGUUGUGUAUCGCGAGAGUAGCUCGUACUUUAGUUUAUAUUAAACCUUCAGUAUUCUUCAGAGACGGCGGCUUUUUCUCUGCUAUCUAUCAAUUCGCCCUCUUGCAAAAAUCAUCGAACAUUCGACACAUAAUAAUAGAUACUUGCUUUCUAUACACAGGUGUUAUCGAUGAUUUCAUUUGAAAUUAAACCAAUUUUCCGGAUUCUAUCGCGGUUUUGUGAAUUUUAUUUUUCUCCCGACGUUUCGAAGACUUUGCAGCCUUCACGGUCCCGAGGGGGACUGAUGAUUUAAUUUAUUCAAAUGUAUUAUAACUAGUAGUUUGUUUUAGCUAGUAUUUUCGUUUGUUAAAAUUUUACUACUCAUAUACAGUACCUAUCCUUCAAGUGGUCACCGCCAACAAUCGGUGUCGCUCGAACGGUAGGCCACGUAGUCUUCACCGUUUCAACAUCUGAUAUAGUGAAUUGAUAUUGUCGUAAUGCCUGUGUAUAAGAGGCGUGGUUGAGUGGACACAAUCCAGUGUUAGAUUACAACACAGUAGUGUUAGAGCGAUGCUCCGCGCGGCGGUCUCUGGACUCCGCGCAAGUCGCCAUGCUGUGUUUAUACUCACUAGUGCUUUCCAUUUUACGCCAGCGCGAGUGCAGUUCGCAAUUAAGAUGACAAAUCAACCAAUGCCACGGAAUAUGUACAGUAUCUGCAAUCACAUCCCCGUCAUCAAACAGAAUCCAGCCGUAACAUCCGACGCAAGUUAUCGCCGCGGCUCGCUCCCGGCUGUUCCAAGCUGCUCAUGAUAGUAUUGUAAAACCACAAAGCUUGCCAAUAUGAGUCUGAUUAAUGUUUUAAAUCUAAACUUUUUCAAUAAAAUUUAAGGUACAAAAAGAAAAUAAAUGUG